UCUCUACGUGGGUGUGUCUAGUUGUUAGUUUCGGUUAGUUCUUAAACAGAUGGACUGAGAAAUAACCUAAGGCCAAAGUUUCUGGAACACAGUUUGAAACUUGCAGAAUACAUGCCUUCAAGGUGAGAACCCGUUCUCCCACCCAUGCUCGCCCCAGGCCCUCGCAUCGCAUCUCCUGUGCCUCGGUGUUUUCCCUGACUUCCGACCCUGGACAAGUCAAACUUCCCACUUCAGGGCCUUCGCACUUGGCGCUUGCUCUUGCCCUGCAUCUCUUCCCACUGUUCAGAUCUCAGCUGGGGCACGGUUCAUGUCCGGUCUAGAGAUGCCUGCCACCCACGUAUGAUUUUUUUUUCACCCACGUAUUAUUAUCUCGUGUGUUUCUCGUUUACUUUUCGAUAGCCUGUUUCUCCGAAGAGCAGGGCCUGUGUCUUGUCCUAGCUCAGUGCCUGGGACAGAGAGAAGUUACUCGUGAGUAUUCGCUGAAGGGAUGAAUGAACCCAUUGUAGGCUAACAGCAGUGAAGUAAAGCUCCGAAACAUCAAACGCUUAUUUUGAAUUAAACAUAGAAUUCCGGUCUGGCCCAGCAAUUCCACUCCCGGGUCUGCACCCAGAAGAACUGGAAGCAGGGACUUGGCAUCUGUGCCCCCAGUGGAAUGUUAACCAGCCUUAAAAAGGAAGGAGGUUCUGACACGUGCUCCAACACUGAUGAACUUUAAAGACAUUAUGCCAAGCGAGUAAGCCAGACACUGAAGGACAAAUACUGUGUGAUUUCAUUCACGUGAGGCACCUUCGGAGCAGCACGAUGGUGACUCCAGUCAACGGGGCCCCCUGGGAUGCCGACCUGUGGUCCUCGCACAGCAAGAUGCUGGCACAGCCCCUGAAGGACAGCGACGAGGAGGUCUACGACAUCAUCAGGAAGGAGAGCCGCCGGCAGCGGGUCGGGCUGGAGCUGAUCGCCUCGGAGAACUUCGCCAGCCGAGCUGUCCUGGAGGCCCUGGGUUCUUGCUUAAAUAACAAGUACUCGGAGGGUUACCCCGGCCAGAGGUACUACGGCGGGACUGAGUUCAUCGACGAGCUGGAGGUCCUCUGUCAGAAGCGAGCGCUGCAGCUCUAUGGGCUGGACCCCCGGUGCUGGGGCGUCAACGUCCAGCCCUACUCAGGCUCCCCCGCGAACUUCGCCGUGUACACCGCGCUGGUAGAGCCCCACGGCCGCAUCAUGGGCCUGGACCUGCCUGACGGGGGCCACCUGACCCAUGGGUUCAUGACGGACAAGAAGAAGAUCUCCGCCACGUCCAUCUUUUUCGAGUCUAUGCCCUACAAGGUGAACCCGGACACCGGCUACAUCAACUAUGACCAGCUGGAGGAGAACGCCCGCCUCUUCCACCCGAAGCUGAUCAUCGCAGGAACCAGCUGCUAUUCCCGGAACCUGGACUACGCCCGGCUGCGGAAGAUCGCAGACGACAAUGGGGCGUAUCUCAUGGCCGACAUGGCGCACAUCAGCGGGCUGGUGGCGGCCGGCGUGGUGCCCUCCCCCUUUGAGCACUGCCACGUGGUGUCCACCACCACACACAAGACCCUGAGGGGCUGCCGCGCCGGCAUGAUCUUCUACAGGAAAGGAGUGCGCAGCGUGGAUCCCAAGACAGGCAGAGAGACUCAGUACAACCUGGAGCUGCUCAUCAACUCCGCUGUGUUCCCAGGCCUGCAGGGUGGCCCCCACAACCACGCCAUCGCUGGGGUCGCCGUGGCUCUGAAGCAGGCCAUGACUCCGGAAUUCAGAGUCUACCAGCGCCAGUUGGUGGCCAACUGCAGGGCGCUGGCCGAGGCUUUGAUGGGACUGGGCUACAAGGUGGUCACAGGUGGUUCUGACAACCAUCUGAUCCUCGUGGACCUCCGAUCCAAAGGCACGGAUGGCGGCAGGGCCGAGAAGGUGCUGGAAGCCUGUUCCAUCGCUUGCAACAAGAACACCUGCCCAGGUGACAAAAGUGCACUGCGGCCCAGCGGGCUGCGGCUGGGGACUCCUGCGCUGACGUCCCGGGGACUUUUAGAAGAAGAUUUCCGAAAAGUCGCCCAGUUUAUUCACAAAGGGAUACAACUGACCCUGCAAAUCCAGGAUGCCGUGGGAGGCAGGGCCACCCUGAAGGAGUUCACGGAGAAGCUGGCGGGGGAAGAGGCGCACCGGCGGGCCCUGGGGGCUCUCCGGGCAGAGGUGGAGAGCUUUGCCUCCCUCUUUCCUCUGCCCGGCCUGCCUGACUUCUAGAGCUGACGUCUGAGGGCCCAGUGCCGUUCUGGGGCCCCACACGGAUGGUCGGCUCCCUCCAGUCCUCCGAGAGGCUUUUUUUGGACUUUGCUACGUUACCGUCUUCACAAGUCAAAAUUUAAGGCUCAUUGUUAGUAAUUCUGGGACAAGUUAUUAGGGAGUUUAAAUUUGAACCUCACUUUCUCACUGCUACAUAUAUAUGGUUACUCUGGAAAAAUGAAAUACAAUUUAGCCAUUCAAUCUUAAUUAUCUAGACCGUAGAGCAGAGCAGAGCUACUGGGAAGGUUCCAGUAAUUUUACUCACUCUGCUCUUAAGAGUCCCUGGGCUUCCUCCAGACUCGCCACGGCAGAUAAGGAACAAAGUCGAGCUUGUAAAAGCUGCCCGUUGACAGCUGUUCCCCAAAGGGGGGCUGAAUUAACAACCGUUGCAGUCGAGGCAGGAAAGUCCUGACCCUUCUGCCAUGUGCCUUUGAUCUGAAUCCUAAGUUACAAAGUCUAUUCCAGGUGCCACCCAGCUCGCUGGGAGUCCCUCUCUCCGCACCUGGGGACACAUGUAGUCCCCUGCCCCAGACCCCAAGACAGGUGGGCGAGCCGGGGGAACCUAGUUCCCAUCCUCUGUGCACGUCAGCUGGGGCCUUCCUGCCCAGUGUGAGGUGCCCACCCCUACCUCCUCUGUAGUUGGGAAGCCAGACGUCACCUUCCCACAGAAAUUUAUUUUUCACAAAGCUGAAGUGCAAAACAGACGACCAUUUGUAAUAUGCACAAAUUUUAACCACGGAACAUCUACAAGAAUGAUAGCUUUAAAAAAUACAACUGACUUUUGUGUUUCAAAAAUAGCUUAACUCAAAUAAAUUAAUUUCUUUAAAAGUA